GUCCCACAAUCACAGUCUAUCCACGAAGCGGACGAACGACUACGUAACAAAACCUCCACAGUCGACAGUCGACCGCGUUGGCUGACGCGGUUCAUGCCUUUGCGUCUUUAUUUAAAAAAAAAUACAAAACUUCGUUUCAAUACCUACUUAUUUAAACUGUUCAAAUUGGGAAUGUGAUUACUUUUUUUAAUUAAAAUAACUUUUUAGUGCCAUAUAGUGAUGUUUUAGAUUUAAAAUGGGUGUUUUGUUGAAGUUUUUCGUAGUGACGGUUGCGUUGCCGAGUGUAUUUGGGCAGCAAGAGUGUUUUGGUGCUGGGAGCGUGGCCGGAGCGGCGAUUGGUGCCUUCGUAGCAGCAUUUAUAAUAAUCGUUGCGGCGUAUUACUUGAGGAAGUUGUAUUGGAAAUCUCGCAAAGGCAAACACCUAGUCUUCACAACAGAUCCAGAGUCGGUGAAGGAUGAAUUCGCCUUCGACAACCCUGGUUUCAGACAAGAGGAGAAGCAUUGGCAGAACGAGGCGCCAACCCUGCCACUUGGCGGGAAACCUCACGCCUUGCAUGCGGAGUUUACUAAACCCGAGCAGAGCAAGGAUGAUUCACAUUUACAGAGAGCGCGAAUCCGGCGAGUGAAGCUAUGGGCGCGCGACUUUACUGGCCUGGGCUUGACGUGCGGAGGCGGCGCACGCGACGGUGUCUGCAUACAUUCAGUACUUAGGAGCGGGCCGGCCGCUGCUGCUCAGUUACAACCUGGUGACAAAAUCAAGAGUAUAAAGAUAGAAUUCAACGGCACACCACUAGAGGACGCCGUAGCAAUACUGUCCCUCGCGUCUCCUUACCCCGUGGAGUUGGAGGUGGUGGAGGGCGGGCGUGUGAGCGGCGAGGGGUGGGGGGUGCACCACCCGCUGAUGAAGAGGGCUGGCUCUACUGGCGACGUUAGCACGCUGGAAAAGGAAGGGAAAAUCUUACAUCCCCCAAGAUCACCCAACACAUCGCAUUCAAACAACUCCACACUCGAAACGAAACAUGGAAAAGGAGGCAUAAAGAAGAUUAUCACCGAAAAGAUAAUCCCCACCACAUUAGAAAGAAAUAAGAAAGAAAGAAAAGAAGCACCCACGACGUUAGAAAGAGAGAACGAAAAGAACUUGAAGCUUGCGAACAAAAGGCACUCAGAAAUUCCAGCAGUUCUCAACAAACCAGAUAGAAAUAAAAACAGGCAUUCAACAGGUAGCGAUAUUCAAAUAAUACAACCAGAGAAUGGCAUAGGACAUAACCUAGAUCACGCAGAAGUUCAAAAGAGGGAAUACGAUCCAAAAAGAGGUAUGAAAUUUGGUAUAAGAGUAUUACCCCCCAACAUCCCUGAUGAUGGAGUUUUGAAACAAAAAAGCGUCGAAAAUGGUGCAGUGGUACUCGAAAAGAAAGCAAUCGAUGAACCAGAUAAGCCAGAGCCACAGAGGCCAGCUCCUAUAGCUCAAAUUAAACUCGAAAAUGAGACAGAACAAAAGAAACCAGUCGUUGCGAAGCGAAGAGAAAAACUGGCGCCACCCGUACCAAACGUAAGGGUAAAGACGAAUGAAUCUGAUACAAAUAUCAGCCACGAAACUUCUAAAACGUCCGAUACGUCCUUCUCGUCAUCAUUUAUUAGAACAGAUCUAAAUUCUAGUGGGAUAAAGCGCGACGAGAAUGGUAUCCCUCAAGAGUUACCUCAGCACAUGUUCGAUGCGGCAAAAGCAGCAAGGAGUAACAGAAAAAGUUCAGCAGAUUUGAUACAAGAGAAAGAAAAAGUCGAACUCAAAAAAGAAGAAGCGCCUAAACCUUCAAAAAAAUCUAAAGGAAAAGCACCAUCUCCCCCAGACCCAGAAAAAAAUAAAAGCGAUGACAGCAUUUUAGAGCAAAUGAAAAAUAUGCACGAUUUCUUAAAGAACGAAAAGCAUCACUCUAGUCUUUUGCACGAUACCUCUGUUACAUCCACCACAUCCACCAAAUCUAUUACCUCGUACAAUACUUCAACACCUAAAGUGAACAAAACGAAAUCUCGUAUUGAAGAAUCUAUUAAUUUUAGCCAAGAUGACAUUGAUGAUAUUGUUUCAAAGCCAUUCAAACGAGAAAGUGACUCGCUUAAUAACUUCUUUGAAGAUUCUAAAUCUAAUCUUUCAUCUAAUCAAGAUGUACAUUCCGUGGUAUCAUUAAACAAUAGUGAUAAAAGUGAUAAUAGAUCUACCACUAUUGAAUUAAAUAAUAGUGAUAUAACUAUUCACAGUUCUCCAUUAAACGAGACAAUGCGUUCCGCUUCAGAUGAUACUUCAUUGUUAGAUGAAAAUGAACGUAAAGCGGCUUCACUCGGCGAUUUAUCAAGAUUUGAACUACGAGCUAAAACUAGUAAACCAGCAACAGGCACUUUAGAAAGAGCACAAAGUUUGGAUAUAUCAGCAGAUGAUGCCGAAAUCCAAGAGAGUACACUUUCGCCUAAAAAGAGAAAAGCCAUGUCAGUGGUAGAAACCACAUUCUUUGAUUCUGGCACUGAAGAUGUGCUGCCAGAUAUAGACUCUGACAAAGGUGUUGUUAUCAAACAAAAAGAACCCCGACUUAGCUUGAACAUAGCGAAAACGUCUGCUUUAGAAGGUUUAAACACAUUCCAAAGAAAUCGUCUAAAGAAAGCUUCUGAAUUUGGGAAUCUGGAAGAUGCCAUAGUUAAAGGGUCUAACAGCUCUAUGGAAUCCAGCCAGAACGAUUCACAGGAAAUAUUUUCUAGGAAAUCCCAAACCAAUAGAGACACGACUAAAGAAAGUGAACCGCAUGAAACUUCAGAUCAUUUAGCACGAAGAAUAAUGGAUGAAAAUCUGAAAGUACAUUUAAAACUAGUAUCUGAAUUUGCUAAAUCUACUUCCGACGGCAGCAACACAAGUUCACUCGAUAGUAGUCAAGAAACAAACACUGUCACAGAAACUAAAACAUCACCUAUUAAAUAUGAAGAAAAACUUACUAUGACCUAUGACACUAAUAUUCCUGAUGAUAUGAAAGUUUCUCGUAGUUCGUACGUUAAUAGUUUAGAAAGACCUAAAUCAGAAAUGAUGAAAAAGCUGUUAGCUAAGAAUCCCAUUUUCAAUGUUCACAUUGACCAGUCAAAUCAAAAGCAAGAACCGUCAGCGUCAUCAAGUAAAGAUAUCCCUGCAAUGACUGAUUCUUUUAAAUCAGCUAAUCAGAUACAUCAACCUGAUAUUGUUAACUUUGAUUUGAAAACAUCGUCAUCAACGUCAACACCAAAAUCAAAAGAUUACGAUGAAUUUGUUAGUAAUAUCAGAGUGGGUUCUAAUAACAACAGUUUGAAGUUAAUUAAAAAACCUCAGGAGACAUUAGCGACUGAAUGGUCCGAUACUAAAAAUAGACAAGAAGUCCAAGGAAGUAACAUUGUAACAAUAUCGACCGAUGAAAAGAAUUUAGCUUCAGAUGCCAAACGUAAUUCAUAUACAAAAUCUAUAGAGAUAGGUGAGGCAAGUUUGAGAUUAGUACCAGAUUUGGUCGAAGAUACAAAAAGUCGAAGCGAAGUAAAAGACACAAGAACGCUAUAUAUGGAACCGGCAAACGUUUCCCUGACAAUGAAGCAAGAGCCUGUACAAAAAACUGUCACAGUUAAUGUUACAGAAGACGAAUAUGGCAAUAAAGUCGUUACUCAAAACGUUGAACAAAUAUCAACGAGAUACAUAACGAGUAAAAUGGAAGCACCACUACAAGUGGAACAGGUUACUUUCGGAGUUAUGAAAGGAGGCAGCAGUAUAAAUGAGUUAGAGUUAGAAGAAGGCACGAACGUUAAAGAUAUAGACAGAAAGGUGCUUGAAGAAAUAAAGAGACAAAAUCCUAACAUGCAUUUUACUACAACUGAACCGUCAUACACAAGAACGGAAACAAUAAUUUUAAACACAACAGAAAUGGACGAAGAGCAAGCGAAAGCAUUGAUGGAGAAACUCCAAAACGACUCCAGCUUUAUGGCACAAAAAUCAAGCGAGGAGUUAUCUCGAAUGGGAAUACGGGUGAUCCAAGAAUUGGAAGACAAGACCAGCACAAACCAAGACGCGGUUGAGGUGACAAAAACAAGAUACUCUAUUAACCCUUCCACAAUAUCAUCUGAAAACAAAUAUUACGCGAUAGAAUCUAAGGAGGACCCACAAAAAGAUCAUAUAACAGAAAUACAAGUGAUAACACCUAAAACGGAGAAACUGGCACAACAAAAGUCAGAUUUAAUUAAAGAAAUAAGUAAAAUAUCAAGCAGACAGAGAGCGCCACCGUCAAUACAGCAAUAUGAAGAACCCCUUUUAACAUACGAGUUGGAUAUUGAAUUGCUGAACGAUUUCAUUUCCAACGAGAGGUACCACUCAGCGAGACACCAAGCCGAAGUCAGAAAACGAACGAGUCAAAGCACAAACGAACCAAAGAAACGACAUUCAGAUUUCGAUUUACCUAGAAAUAGUCAUAUUAAAUUUCGCACAGCAACUUAUGAAUCUCCAAAAGGAACUAUCGUGACGAGUACGGACUUAGAGAACAGACGACUUUCGCAACUUGACCAAAUGCAGUUACGGGCAGCGAGCGAUCAACCGGUUUCCAGCCAAAAGCCAUCAAUUUCUGCCAAACCCUCAAACAUUCCUGUAAAAUUGUCGGAGAAGAAACUUUUUACGGGUUUCGUCUCGUCCAAAAUUCCGGUAUUCGCCACCCAGAAGUCGUUGAGUCAAGAAAACCUUUCAGAUAAAACCUUUUCGUUACCUCGAUCACCUCCUCCGACCUUAAGCGGUAGUUCUGGAAACAUAUCAGUUACUUCCAUCAAAAGUAGUUCUAGGAGUCCUAGUGGCGGUAGAUUAUAAAUUUACGUACUUAAGUAACCAAUGGCCAACGGAGAGCGAUACAAGAAUACAAAGUCAAAGUCAAAAUCAUUAAUUCAAAAUAGGUACAAUUGUACUCCUUUACUUGAUACAUCAUCACGAAGUAAUCUAUAUUCUACAUACGUAGAAGCAAGACCGUAUGCAUCUUGUACAAAAGAAAGUCAUAAGGUUGCUAUCUAUAGAUCCACUUUGACUUUGCUUAAACUUAAGACAAUGUUAAAAUGAGACAGCGUUAUAUCGCUGGAAUAAAUCUGUCUCGUUUUAACUGCAACUUAAGUUUGAGCAAAGUCAAAGUACGCUUUAUAAAUCUCAGCCUAAGUGUUAUGAAUUGGCAUUUCUGAAGUAAAAAUGUUUCAAUUAUCGUGUUCAAAAGGGUUUGAGAGUCUAUGGGGCUACCUUUUAAGUGACUCACUUUGUGAUUACGAAUCAAAGAAUAUUUUUUGUAUCGUGUUUCUUUGGCCACACUUUAAAUUAAAUAUCAUUUUAAUUUUGAAGGUUUUACAGUAAUUAAAUGUUAUUGGAGUUAAAUAAUAAGUCAUACUGUAAAAUUAGUUUUUAACAUUUGAGAUUUUUAUUGAAUAAACGACGUAAGUGCCAGAAAAAUAAAUUAUUUCAAAAUGAAUUUAUUUCGAAAAUGGAUCGAAACGAAAAAAAUGUGCCUUAUAUUAUAAAUUU